CAUGCUCAUAAGCACCAAUAUUAGUGUAGUAAGUUGAUUCAAUUUAUUUACUAUUUAGUGCCUGGUUCAGCAAGCAGCCUAGAAGGAAUAAUAAUUCAAUGUAGAAAAAAACAACCAAGCACCCAUGUCACUGUUUGGGGCCCACUCCAGAAAAUUAGAGAAAGACUAAUAAUCUCAGUUAACACCAUUUUCUUCCCACCGAAGCUGUUCAUAACUUCAUAUAUCAUUUUUCUUUUCUGCACAAUCCUUAUUAAACAUACAUAGGAGCUGGUAUCAGUAGUAUGGCUUUUAAAGAUUGUUCAACUUCAAGAAAGGAGCUGCAAAAAGUUGGUGUAAGAAUCUCAAAGAGCUUUCCUCUUUCUGGGACUAGUCUUGCAUCUUUGGAGUCUUUGUCCUUGCCACUGUUGCAGGAGGUUGUCCUUUCUGCUGAUAUGCAAUGUGAGCAGUGCCAGAAGAGGGUUGCUGACAUUAUUACUAAAAUGAAUGAGACAGAGUCAGUGGUGGUGAAUGUGUUGGAAAAGAAGGUGAUACUUACUUUUAGAUUACCAGCUGAUACUAAAGUAAUCUCACAGUCACAGACUCCUAUCAACAGAACUCAAAUUACUCCUAUCAACAACAGAACUCUUCCACCUAAAGUUGCUGUUAUCAAACGGAUAUUUGGCUCUUCCCGUGGACAUAGAAAGGAAUCCACAUGUGGAUAAGAUUCGUUACACUGAUUUGACAAUGUACAGCACGUAGUAGGCUAGUUUUGUAUUCAUGAUUGAAUUUGUUUUAUAAUUGCUUUCCGCAUAAAGAGAUAAAAAGAGAAUAAUUUUGUGUUUGAAUCACUUUUUCUUUGCAACUGAAUCAUUUUUGUUUUAUAUACCCUUAAAGGCUUGCUUUUAUCAGA